UAUCUUUUCNUGUAGCAGAUGUUGUGGAGAAGGAUCUUGUUACUCUUGGCUUCCAGAACCUAAGAGUGAUAAUGAACGAUGGACUGUCCACCUUACCUACAGACUGCCUUCAAGUGUGUGUUGAUGUGACUGGAGCAUACAGUGCUCAGAAGACCGAGUUGAACAUAAGCUUGACAGCAGUGGGACUUCUGUGGACUAUGACUGAUUUCAUUGCAAAGGGUCUUGUCAAUGGACCUAUUGAAGGAAAGGAAACAGUGAAGCAGAUAGGCAAUGAAAAGACAGAGGAUGGAACACAUAUUUCUAAUAUUGCGAGAGACAAGGCUUCUUCUAUAGAUGGUGUUGAUUUUGAGAAGCUUCUAUUCUCUGUUUUCUCCUUACUUCAAAACCUUGGGGCAGAUGAGAGACCAGAGGUGAGGAAUUCUUCUGUCAGGACACUGUUCCAAACUUUAGGAACUCAUGGACAAAAGCUUUCAAAGAGCUUGUGGGAAGAUUGUCUUUGGAAUUAUGUAUUUCCUACAUUGGACCGUGCUUCUCAUAUGGCUGCUACCUCUUCAAAAGAUGAAUGGCAAGGGAAAGAGCUUGGUACUCGAGGAGGAAAAGCAGUUCACAUGCUCAUACAUCACAGUCGUAACACAGCUCAGAAGCAGUGGGAUGAAACUCUUGUGCUUGUUUUUGGUGGAAUAGCACGUAUACUACGGAUGUUCUUCCCCUUUUUCACAAGCUUAAGUAACUUUUGGUCUGGCUGGGAAUCAUUGCUUCAAUAUGUUGAAAAUAGCAUUUUAAAUGGUAGUAAAGAGGUUGCACUUGCAGCAAUAAAUUGUUUGCAGACAACUGUUAAUUCCCACUCAUCUAAGGGAAAUAUGUCAAUGCCUUACCUUAUUUCAGUAAUUGAUGUUUACGAGCUUGUUCUGAGAAAGCCUUCUAGUUACCAUGGCAGUGCUGCUGAUAAGGUGACGCAGGAGAUUUUGCAUGGGCUUGGAGAGCUGUAUGUACAGGCUCAAGGAUUGUUCAAUGAUGUUGUAUACACACAAUUGAUAUCAAUCAUAGAUUUGGCCGUGAAGCAAGCCAUGUUAACUAAUGAUAACUUUGAAAUGGAAUUUGGGAAUGUCCCACCAGUGCUACGGACUAUACUGGAAAUCUUGCCACUGUUACGUCCAACAGAGCACCUUUGUUCUAUGUGGUCUGUUCUUCUUCGAGAGUUUCUGCAGUAUCUUCCUAGGCAGGAUUCUCAUUUACAUAAUGAGGAUGGUAAAAUAGAUCAAGCAAGAGAUUAUCAGAUUAAAUAUGAUGCAUCAAAUGGUGCUACUCCAAUAUCACACAAUGAAGUAACAGCACCAAAUGGCAUUCCUAGUUACAUAUUUGCAGAAAGGCUAGUUCCAGUGCUGGUAGACCUAUUCUUGCAAGCACCUGCAAUUCAAAAGCAUAUUAUGUACCCUGAAAUUAUUCAAAGUCUUGGAAGAUGUAUGACAACAAGAAGAGACAGUCCUGAUUGUGCACUUUGGAGAUUAGCUGUCGAAGCGUUCAACCGUCUUCUUGUUGAUUACAUCACCAAUUUAACGAAUGGAGGUUCAGAUUCAGGUAUUAGUAAAUCUGUCAGAACAAGAAUAUGGAAGGAGAUUGCGGAUGUUUAUGAAAUAUUCCUAAUUGGAUAUUGUGGACGAGCUCUUCCUUCAAAUUCCCUCUCAGCUGUGGUGCUAGAGGCUGAUGAGUCCCUUGAGAUGUCCAUCUUAAAUAUUCUUGGUGACACAGUCCUUAAGUUGCCAGUUGAUACACCUACAGAUAUUCUGCUGCGACUGGUCUCCACAUUGGACCGAUGUGCAUCCCGCACAUGCUCAUUACCUGUUGAGACUGUAGAGCUUAUGCCUCCUCACUGCAGCAGAUUUUCUUUGACUUGUUUACAAAAGUUGUUUUCUUUGAGCAGUUAUUCUAAUGAAGUCUAUUGGAAUAUGACAAGAUCUGAAGUCAGCAAAAUCUCAAUUACGAUGCUCAUGACAAGAUGUGAAUACAUCUUGAGCAGGUUUCUGGCAGAUGAAAAUGGCUUAGGUGACUGUCCUUUACCAAAAGCAAGACUUGAAGAAAUUAUUUAUGUUCUCCGAGAACUGGCACAUCUUGUAAUUCAUCCAGAUGCAGCAUCUGUUCUCCCUUUACACCCCUUGUUGAGAAGUGGUCUAGCAGAGGACAAGGAGAAGCAUAACAAUCGACCCCAUUUGUUUGUGUUGUUACCUUCCUUUUGUGAGCUUGUUACAUCAAGAGAAUUAAGAAUACGGGAGCUAGUGCAAGGACUACUUCAGUUAGUAACAAAGGAAUUGUCUCUGGAAAAGCUCAGCUUACCGAGUGAAAAGAAUACUUCCAGAUAAGCCCAUUUCAUAAGUUUUACAUUGAAAAUUAAGCUUAUGAAAAUACCAAGCUUUUCUCCUUUUACCCUCAGCUAGGAUUGUAUAUUUUUGUCUUUCUGUAGACUAGACUAGAACCACCUAUAGGAGGUUUUCCCAGUCUUUUCCUUUGCCUGUCAUAAAUUAUUGUCAACCAUACUCUUUCGGCUCUACAAGCUUCUUGCCCUUGACCUACCUCAAGUUACGAUAGAGCAAAGUUUUCCGUUCUCAUAUUUACUUGGGUUCAAACUGGGAGAGUUAUAAAUCUGGGAAAUCAAUGGAGCAGCUGAGAGAAUUGUGUGGUUUAUACAAUCAGAUAUUCUAAAGGAAGGAAAGGCAAAGGAGGGGGAAGAAACUGUGAAAAUUGUCCUAGUGAGAGGAUCUAUGUGCUGCCCCUUGACUUGCCAAUUUUGUUGUACAAAAUCACAGAGAAAUGAGUCUGAUGUUGGGCCCAAUUUUUUAAACUCGGGCCCAGGCCUUAAUUUUUUGUUUGUUAAUGCAAAUCUUUUUUGCA